CACAGCGCUUUACUAUCAACACGAGUGUUGCUCUGAUAAACUUUGAAGUUUUAGUUUACCGUAGAGCAAAAUCCAACCGUCUUUAUCUUGUAGUGGCGACGGCGUGAACUCGUGAAGUUAGUCAGUCUCCGCAACACAUCUACUCUGAUCUAAGAUUACAAAUUGGAAGCUGAUCAGUACGGCUAAUUUAGCCGCACUGCAAUAAUGGUUUCAAACAAUUUGAAGCGAGAUAUAUACAGUGCAGAAACACAACAAUUACUUAGAGAAAAGGGUUUGAAAUGCGUAUGCGAGCUUUGUGACUGUGGUCGGUUCCAUCGCCACGAGGGCUGUACGAAAAUCACAGAUAAAGGGAAAACUGUUCUUAAGAGAGCAGGUCUUAAAGAAUGUUCAACAGAUUAUCAAUCCUCCUACCAGACCCCACCCUGCAAUUUUGUACGUAAGAUAAGACGUCCACUUCCAAGACUGAGAAACCCCAAUCCACCCCCCAUGGAUUUCCGAACCAUAACAAACACGGAGUUUGUUCAACAUAGUGGUUUUGAAGGUCCUCCCAAGCCGGUAAAGAUUGAAGAUAAUUACCAGGACGUAUCAAAGGAAGAAUUUGACGGCAAGACCUCGUAUGGCGUUGCGUACGCAAAUCGAGCACAACCUAGCCAAAUCAAGCUCACUCGCCCGGUGAAUAGUUCCACACAGCAACCCAAGUACAAAUUCUCGGAUGAAACAACUCACAAUACAACAUUUAGGGAGAAAAAAGCCGAACCAACGAUGUGCUUCUCCGAACUUCCUUCGUUCAUGGGUUCCAUACUUUACCCAGAUGCAAAGUCUGGUAAUUUACGUACAGUAAAUCAAGAGUCGUACCAAGGGAAAUUUGCACCAAAGAGUGAAUUUUGUGGACCUCGAGAAGCCGCCAUUAAAUUGGGAACUGAGGGUGAAUACGAACAUGAAACGGUACAUCAAGCUACGUACAAAAAGCACGAUGAAGAUCUUAAACGCUCGCCUAAAGGUCAAAAACCGACCAUAAAGCUUUCGGAAAGAGUUAGGUUUAACGCAACCACACAAGCACAAAGAGAUUUUCCAAGUUAUAAAAAAGGCGAAUUCCCUGCUCCAGCGAAACCAUGUGCCCCAUAUCCUGCAACAGUAAACCUUGGAAUGGACACCACUCAUGAUUUCACGACAACGAACCGAGAAAGAUACAAAGGUCAGUGGGAUGUUAGCCUCGUCAAAGCAAAACCAAAGGAAUCCAGUUAUACUCCACCGAAGGAAAAGUUUCACACGACCACACAAACGAUGGCCGAUUUCAAGCCGAAGGAAACCACACGCGUUCGAAUUUCCAAACCCGUCCCAACCAUCCCCUCGAGUAAAGUAAAACUAGCUGACGAGACUUCCUAUAAAACUCAAUUCCCAAAAUACGACGCCGGUUCGUUCAAAAGAUACGGAGACCUCCACGAGCAUACUUUUUAUUUGAAACCCAUUCAAAAGUUUAAAGGUCAUUCGGUAACAGCAAAUGACUUCCAGCAGCAUGAACGUGUGCGUCCGCGAACCAGCUUCAAACCCAAGGAACAGCUGAGUAGUACUAAGGGAGAAAUGGCUGGCGAAAGUGUAUAUCGUGCAACCUACAAACAAAAAGAAUCUCAAGAUUGUGCUUACAUAAAGUAUUUGACGGAUCACAAUAAAACUUUGUCACCGAAAACAGUUGCUUCUGCAUGAGGCUGUAAAUGCUCCAGGCUCCAGCUGCGUGCAUAAAAAUACAUUAUAACGUUUCAGGGGAAAA